UCAGUGCAGCGGCUCAGAGAACAUGGCACUGGCCGACACAGAGCGCGCAGUGACCAACUGCAGCGACCCGGGCACCCCGUUCUCAGAGAUUAUCGAGCUCAAUGUCGGGGGACAGGUUUAUGUUACCAGACACAAAACUCUCGUGGCCGUCCCAGACUCGCUGCUGUGGAACAUGUUCAGCAAGAAGUCACCCAAAGAGUUGGCGAGGGACAGCAAAGGGCGCUACUUCUUGGACAGGGACGGCUUCUUGUUCCGCUACAUCCUAGAUUAUCUCCGAGACCUGAACUUGGUCUUGCCGGACUUCUUCCCGGAGAAAAGUCGGCUGCAGAGGGAGGCUGACUUUUUCCAGCUGCGGGACCUUGCCAAACGCCUUAGCCCCCGGGUGAGUAAGGACAAUUCAAUCUGCGAGGAGAUCAGCCAGAGCGACACGGAGGAAGGUGCGCAGCAGUGCGGCUCCUCGGCAGGCAUGGAGACUUUACGCGCCAUGUCGGUCAGCGGGGCCACGUGCUCCCCGUCACUGGACUCCAGAAAGCCGGGCUAUAUCACGAUAGGAUACCGAGGCUCGUACACCAUUGGCAGAGACAUCCAAACCGACGCCAAAUUCAGGAGAGUGGCGCGCAUCACGGUCUGCGGGAAGACGGCCCUGGCCAAGGAAGUGUUUGGAGACACGCUGAAUGAGAGCAGAGACCCGGACAGACCCCCGGAGAGAUACACAUCCCGGUACUAUCUCAAGUAUAAUUUUCUAGAGCAGGCAUUUGAUAAGUUGACCGAGGUGGGCUUUCACAUGGUGGCCUGCAGCUCCACAGGCACCUGCGCCUACACCAGCAAUGAUCCAAACGAGGACAAAAUUUGGACAAGCUACACUGAAUAUGUCUUCUGUCGGGAGCAGUAAACAUGUCAAGUUUAUGUAAAUAGACAUUUCUUAAUCUAGAGGGGGAUGUCUUAAAACAGUAUUGCAUUUGCUGUGUUGAAUGGUAUCGCUUUUCAAGGGCGAGUGAAUGCGAAAUAUUGCUUCAUUAUUCUAAGAAUAGACAAAUACAAGUAGCCUAUUACCACGUCUGUGGUAAAACAGAUACAGUGAGAUGCCACCAUAGACUAUACACAAGAGGAGUUUGGAUGUUAAAAGUGUGCAAACAUAGUUUGAGUGUACACAGUACACACCCAUCCACAACAGUUUUGUGUAUAAGCAUCAAGAAGAUGUCAUCAUCAUCUGCACCUCAUAUAACUGCAUAUCAAUGUUUCUGUCAUUUCUGACUCAGUGCUGUGGGAAUUGAGUGGCAUCCAAAAACAGACAAGCAGCGAUUAGUAUUCAGUGUUAUUGUAAUUUUUAGGCUUGCUCGAUCACAUGUUUGGCCAAGUUUUGUACUAUUAGACUUGGAUACAUAGCAGUUCUAUGACAUGAUACAGUGUAUGUGAUUGCUUGGUAGAGUUGUUCUGUUCAAAUGAAAUAAAAUAUUGUAUUUGGUUA